CUUGCGAUGGGUGCGCAGGGACUUCAGCUAAGUUACUUGCAGCACGCGGCGCUCCCCCCCACCCCGCUUCUCCAGGGGGUCCCGCUCCCAGGAGGGGAGGCGGGAUGGGGAGGAUUUUCUUUUAUUUAAAAAUAUCGUGCGCUCCCUCCCCUUGGGCGCCGCCAGUGCCCGGGGACAGGAGCAGAGCCCGGAACCCAGCACGCACGUGUGGCCGGCUGCACUGCGGGUGUGCGCAGGGGCGCGUGGGGCUGUGUGUGUGUGUGUGUGUGUGCGCCCGGGAGCGCCAGCGAGUGUGUGUGUGUGUGUGCGUGCGUGUGUGUGAGUGCGCGUGUGUGUGCGCGCGCGCCCGGGUGUGUGCAUGCGUGCGUGUGUGUGUGUGUGUGUGUGCGCUUUCUUGUUCUUGCCGGGUACAAUGUUAAAAAGCCACCGCUAGUCGCCCCCAGUGCUCCGACUCUCUGGGUCUUUUUGUCUCUAGUGCAGAUUAAACGUCACGUCCGCACUUGAACUUGAAUUUUAUCCCAUUGUACAGAGGCAGCCCCAGCCAUAGAGAGACCGAGAGCUCCCGGAGAACCCGGACUCCGCCAUCUUCACGUUGCAAUCUAUAGCUCCCAGUCCGCGCCGCUCCGACCCGGGCGCACGGCGAGCCGCCCCGCGCCCGCUCCCCCCGGGCCGCGGCGCCAGGGGAGCGCGGGCAGCGCUGCCGGAUCCGGCGCGGCUGCGGCCGGCGCCAGCCUGCCAGGUGGACGGGGAAGGAGCCGCUCCCGGAGUCCCCCCGAGCCUCGGAAGGGUCAGUCUCGGAGGAAAAAAAACAAACCCGCCGACAGCAAACCUCGAGCCUGCCCCCCCUCGCCGGCCCUGGCAGUUUUUGCAUUGCUUUGGGUUUUUUUGAGGGGGCGGGGUGAGGGGGUACGAGACAAGUCCCCAAGUUUUCUUUGCUUCCCCCCUUUCUUUGGCUUCUUUUCUUUUAUUAUAAUUUUUUUUUAUUGGUUGCAAUUUUUCCCUACCCCCCCCCCCCUCGCAACUCCCCUCCGGGCUCGCAGCGCGCGUUCCACCGGGCAGAGCCUCAAAGUGCCGCAGCCGGUGCAAAAUCCAAUUUAAGUUCAAGAAGACAUUUACAAGUCCGGGAGGCCAAGCAGUUGGAAGAAGUGCAAGCGAUCCUCUGUUCCUUCACCAGAAUAUAUUUUUAAAGAAACCAGCCAGUCCGCGGCCAGCAGCACCAGAAGCAGCUCACCCCCCGCCUCUUUCUCCUCUUUGAGAUCGAGGUGGGUUUUUAAUUCUUCUCUCCUUUUUUUUUUCUUUUUGCAAACAAAACAACACAAAAACAAAAAAAAAAAGCCAGCAUAGAAGAAACAGCAAAAUAAAGAAGAAGAAGAAGAAGAAGAAAAAGAAAAAGAAGAAGAAGAAGAGGGGAGGAAAAGGGCCAGAGAGGAAGGGAAAAAAAAAACCAAAACAAAACGCCGACCCGGGCUAGCAGGAGGCGCGGCGGCGGCGGCGGCGGCGGCGGCGGCGGCUCGGACCCCCUCCCCCGGCUCCCCCCAUCAUCACUGCGGCUCUCCGGGCGAUGCCAGAAUAGAUGCCGGGGCAAUGUCCCGCCGCAAACAGGGCAACCCGCAGCACUUGUCCCAGAGGGAGCUCAUCACCCCAGAGCCCGAGCAUGUGGAGGCCAGCAUCCUGGAGGAAGAUGAGGGCCUGGACAUCGAGGAGCCCGGCGGGCUGGGGCUGAUGCUGGGCGGCCCCGACCCCGACCUGCUCACCUGCGGCCAGUGUCAGAUGAACUUCCCCCUGGGGGACAUCCUGGUUUUUAUCGAGCACAAGAAGAAGCAGUGCGGCAGCACCCUGGGCUCCUGCUACGACAAAGGCCUGGACAAGGGCAGCCCCCCGCCCGCCUCCCUCAGGAAAGUGUCGGAGCCCGUCGAGAUCGGAAUCCAGGUCACGCCCGACGAAGAUGACCACCUGCUCUUGCCCACGAAGGGCAUCUGCCCCAAGCAGGAGAACGCUGCAGGGCCGUGCAGGCCUGCACAGCUGCCCGCGAUGACCCCCAUAGCCGCCUCCUCCCACCCUCCCACAUCCGUCAUCUCUUCUCCGCUGCGCGCCCUGGGCGCCCUGCAGCCCUGCUUCCCUCUGGCCUGCUGCGGCGCGCGCCCGGGCCUGGGGGACGGGCCCCAGGGUGAGGGUCAGACGGAGGCUCCCUUUGGAUGUCAGUGUCAGUUGUCAGGUAAAGACGAGCCUUCCAGCUACAUUUGCACGACAUGCAAGCAGCCCUUCACCAGCGCGUGGUUCCUGCUGCAGCACGCGCAGAACACGCACGGUUUCCGCAUCUACCUGGAGCCGGGCCCGGCCAGCAGCUCGCUCACGCCGCGGCUGACCAUCCCGCCGCCGCUGGGGCCCGAGGCCGUGGCGCAGUCCCCGCUCAUGAAUUUCCUGGGCGACAGCAACCCCUUCAACCUGCUGCGCAUGACGGGGCCGCUGCUGCGGGACCACCCGGGCUUCGGCGAGGGCCGCCUGCCCGGCACGCCGCCCCUCUUCAGCCCGCCGCCGCGCCACCACCUGGACCCGCACCGCCUCAGUGCCGAGGAGAUGGGGCUCGUCGCCCAGCACCCCAGUGCCUUCGACCGAGUCAUGCGCCUCAACCCCAUGGCCAUCGACUCGCCCGCCAUGGACUUCUCGCGGCGGCUCCGCGAGCUGGCGGGCAACAGCUCGACGCCGCCGCCCGUGUCCCCGGGCCGCGGCAACCCUAUGCACCGGCUCCUGAACCCCUUCCAGCCCGGCCCCAAGUCCCCGUUCCUGAGCACGCCGCCCCUGCCGCCGCUGCCCCCGGGGGGCACGCCGCCGCCGCAGCCGCCCGCCAAGAGCAAGUCGUGCGAGUUCUGCGGCAAGACCUUCAAGUUCCAGAGCAAUCUCAUCGUGCACCGGCGCAGCCACACGGGCGAGAAGCCCUACAAGUGCCAGCUGUGCGACCACGCGUGCUCGCAGGCGAGCAAGCUCAAGCGCCACAUGAAGACGCACAUGCACAAGGCGGGCUCGCUGGCCGGGCGCUCCGACGACGGGCUGUCGGCCGCCAGCUCCCCCGAGCCGGGCACCAGCGAGCUGGCGGGCGACGCGCUCAAGGCGGCCGACGGCGACUUCCGGCACCACGAGAGCGACCCGUCGCUGGGCCCCGAGCCCGAGGACGACGAGGAGGAGGAGGAGGAGGAGGAGGAGGAGCUGCUGCUGGAGAACGAGAGCCGGCCCGAGUCCAGCUUCAGCAUGGACUCGGAGCUGAGCCGCAACCGCGAGAACGGCGGCGGCGGCGUGGUGGGCGGCGGCGUGGUGGUGGCGGGCGCGGCGGGCGCCGUGGGCGCGGUGGGCGCGGUGGGCGCCAAGGCGCUGGCCGACGAGAAGGCGCUGGUGCUGGGCAAGGUCAUGGAGAACGUGGGCCUGGGCGCGCUGCCGCCCUACGGGGAGCUGCUGGCCGACAAGCAGAAGCGCGGCGCCUUCCUGAAGCGCGCGCCGGGCGGCGGCGGCGGCGGCGCGGACCCGGGCGCCGACGACGACGACGACGCGGGCGGCUGCGGGGACGCGGGCCCCGGCGUGGUGGUGGGCGCCGUCAACGGGCGCGGCGGCGGCUUCGCGCCCGCCGAGCCCUUCCCGGGGCUGUUCCCGCGCAAGCCCGCGCCGCUGCCCAGCCCGGGGCUCAACAGCGCGGCCAAGCGCAUCAAGGUGGAGAAGGACCUGGAGCUGCCGCCCGCCGCGCUCAUCCCGUCCGAGAACGUGUACUCGCAGUGGCUGGUGGGCUACGCCGCGUCGCGCCACUUCAUGAAGGACCCCUUCCUGGGCUUCACGGACGCGCGCCAGUCGCCCUUCGCCACCUCGUCCGAGCACUCGUCCGAGAACGGCAGCCUGCGCUUCUCCACGCCGCCCGGCGACCUGCUGGACGGCGGGCUGUCGGGGCGCAGCGGCACGGCCAGCGGGGGCAGCACGCCGCACCUGGGCGGCCCCGGGCCCGGCCGGCCCAGCUCCAAGGAGGGCCGGCGCAGCGACACGUGCGAGUACUGCGGCAAGGUCUUCAAGAACUGCAGCAACCUGACGGUGCACCGGCGGAGCCACACCGGCGAGCGGCCUUACAAGUGCGAGCUGUGCAACUACGCGUGCGCGCAGAGCAGCAAGCUCACGCGCCACAUGAAGACGCACGGGCAGAUCGGCAAGGAGGUGUACCGCUGCGACAUCUGCCAGAUGCCCUUCAGCGUCUACAGCACCCUGGAGAAACAUAUGAAAAAGUGGCACGGGGAGCACUUGCUGACUAACGACGUGAAAAUCGAGCAGGCCGACCGCAGCUAAGCGGGGGACGCGCGCGCGCGUGCGUGUGCGUGCGUGUGUGUGCGUGUGUGUGUGUGUACGCACGCGCGUGUGCGUGCGUGCGUGCGUGCGUGCGAGCGUGCGCACGGGUCGGGCGCCCCAUCCCUGUACAGAGGUGGAACGUUCUCUCGGUUCUCUUGCCAGCUGGGAGAAUGCUGACCUGAUACUUACUUGCCUCCUCCUCCUCCCCAUCCUCCUCCUCCCCAUCCUUCCCCUCCUCCCCGUCCUCGUCCCCCCCAUCCAUGUCACCGCCACUUAGCACCCCACGUGUCCCUGACGCCCAAGGGAGGCGGCCCUCCAACCUGACCUGUGUCUGCGAAGUUUCUAUGGAAACCCGAGGGUGGAUUAAGGCAGUAAAAAAAAAAAUAUUGUGGAGCCUUUUAACUGUGCAAUAAUUUCUGUAUUUAUUGGGUUUUGUAAUUUUUUUUUUUUGGUUUGGCAUGUGCAGGUACAUUUUCUUCUUUCUGUUAAAAUUCUUUUAAAAGAUUUUGUUGGGUAGCCAUCCCUUUAUUAUUAUGAUGAUGAUUUUUUUGAAACCCGGUAGUAACCUGAGCAAUGACUCGCAAGCGAUGUAGAGGGGACGCGUAUCUUUUUAAAUUAUAAUUUCGGGGUGGGGGGGAGGGUGCUGCUUUUUUGAAAUUUAAGCUAAGCAUGUGUAAUUUCUUGUGAAGAAGCCAACACUUAAAUGACUUUUAAAGUUGUUUACUUUUAUAUUCUUUAUAAUUUUUCUUUCUUUUUUUUUCUUCUUUUUUUUUUUUUUUGGUCCU